AUGAAGUUUUCUUAUACUUUACUCCUUUCUGUCGUUUCGAUAGUUGCAGCCGCUCCUGCAGCCGCUCCUGCAGCCGCUCCUGAAGAUUCCAAAAAAUACUUGGCACUUCCUCUCGUUCCAUCAUUGAACAAAACAUCCCACUUGGCCAGACGCAAUGAGCCAUAUCCUGGUGACUUGAAGUUCACGGGAAGCCAUUAUGAUCUUUACAUCGAAAUGGGUUCCGAUAAGCAGGGUGUCAUGGUUGAACUCGAUACUGGAUCUUCCGAUUUAUGGGUAUGUCAAUCCAACGGAGCCGGCGACAAAGGUUUCAACCCGGAAACGUCCAAUUCCGCUCACAACAUGGGCCACAACUUUUCCAUCACUUACGUCGACCAGACAACUUACCAGGGUCCCUUUUACCAGGAUACUGUUUCUUUUGGAAAAGAUGGUAAUGAAGCGCUGCUUCAUGAUUUCCAGUUUGCGGUGAUUCCAAUCCAAGACAAGCUUGCUGGUCUUUUGGGAAUUGGUCCUGUUGCCAACGAAGCGACACCACCAGCUUAUCCAAACUUUAUUCAGGCCUUGAAAGAUCAAGGUUUGAUUUCCUCUCGUGCCUUUUCCAUUUAUCUCAAUAUCAAUGAAAAAUUCCACGACGGAAGCAUCGUGUUUGGAGGAAUUGAUAAGGCCAAAUACAAGGGCGAGCUUGUAGCAUUGCCAGUCACCGACGACGUAAGUUUUGGAGUUGACAUCAAGUCUUUUACUGUCAAUGGAAAGACCAUCGAUACCAACGAGCCCGCUUCGUUUGAUACCGGAACCACUUACCUCAGUCUCACACAGGAGUUUGGAGACGCCUUGUUUAACGAAUUGGGAACUGCCAAAUAUAACACUGAUGCCGAUGCUUAUCUUGUGGAUUCCAAGGACGGCUAUGACCAACCCAUUAAAUUGAACUUUGAUGGAACAUCUGUCGAGUUGUCUCUUAUGGACAUGUACAGAGAUAAUAUAGUUGAUGAUAACGGAAAUUCAUUAGGACCAGGAUUCUAUAUUUACCGCCUGAAAAACGUCAACUAUCUUGGAGACUCGUUUUUGAAGAACCUUUACUGUGUUUACAACUAUGAGACCAACGAGCUUUCCAUUGCGCCAGCUGUUUAUACCGACGAAACCAACAUCGUUGCAAUCUAG